UUCGUUAUGCUGGUUACAGGCAAGAGUUUUUAAAAAUCUGGAAACCGAGAGGAGGGGAAAAAUAGAAGGGGAAAGGAGAGCGAGUUUGUGAGCAGAGAUGGGCGAAGUAGGAGAAUUGAAGAUCGGAUUCCUCGGAGCAGGAAAGAUGGCUGAGGCAAUUGCGCGGGGGCUGCGCAAUGCCGGUGUCUUUCCCUCCUCACGCAUGCGUACUGCCCACGCCCGCCUUCCUCGUCGCGAAGCUUUUUCUUCUUUCGGCGUUACUAUUCUCCCUUCCAAUGCCAAGCUUGUCGAAGAAUGUCAAGUUGUUCUUCUUGGAGUCAAGCCCCAGGUUGUUAAAGAAGUGCUCGUGGACCUGAAGCCUUUAUUUUCAGAAGACAAGUUGCUGCUAUCAAUUGCAGCAGGUGUCAAACUUAAAGACUUGGAGGAAUGGGCAGGAAAUGCAAGAGUGGUCAGGGUGAUGCCAAAUACACCUUGCCUUGUGGGUGAAACAACAGCAGUGAUGAGCUUGGGCAACAAGGCCACUGCCAAGGAUGAGCAGCUUGUGAAAACUCUCUUUGAAGCAGUUGGUGAAAUUUGGACAGUGAAGGAAAAGCUUCUUGAUGCUGUCACUGGCCUCAGUGGAAGUGGGCCAGCAUAUAUAUAUCUUGCUAUAGAGGCAAUGGCCGAUGGAGGUGUGGCAGCCGGGCUUCCACGGGAUCUUGCAUUAGCACUGGCUUCUCAGACGGUUUUGGGAGCUGCUAAGAUGGUAAGAGACACAAAGAAAAAUCCUGGCCAACUCAAGGAUGAAGUGGCGUCACCAGCUGGGACAACCAUAGCUGGAAUUUACGAACUAGAAAAAGGUGGACUUCGUGCUACUCUUAUGAGUGCUGUAAUAGCUGCAGCUAAAAGAAGUGAGGAGCUUUCAAAAACAUAGCCAUGCCAACUGUUGUUUUGAAUGAAACCAAGUUGUAAAUACAAAAUAGCUUCACUGGGUGCAGAUAAUUUUGCUUCCUAUCCAAAAGCAGAAGAGAUGAAUCCAAAUCCCCGACAACAGGAACUUGGUUUAUUCUAUAUUUUCUAUGGAGCUUCGACUAGUUCUUAUUUAUUGAAGACUAGCUGCAAAUAAAAUAUUUCUAGUUCUCUUUCUAUAAUUUAUCUGAACAUUGCCUAUACUGUGGUGAAAUUAGAAGUUUACUUUAUAAAAUUCACAAAGAAUUACCUAACACGGAUAUUUUUGAAAAAGUGACAGAAAAUCACACAAGGCGUCAGCGAAGUAAGCCUAGAUGCACAUGUAUUCUCAGAAGAAUAGUGUCAUGCAUGUAAUUGAUGUAUGAUAAUUCACUGUCUCCUUAUUCUAAUGCUUUGAUAUUACCAUAGAUUAACAUUA